AUGUGUGUGCUGUGCUGAAGCUGAUUGGAACAAACAGGCAAUACUUGCCAAACUGCAAACUCUGGUACCAGAGGAAAAUCUGUGGCAAGGCAACAGUGAUUGCCUAUGAAUGUUGUCCAGGAUAUGAAGAAGUUCCUGGAGAAAAAGGCUGCCCAGCUGCAUUGCCACUUUCAAACCUUUAUGAGACCCUUGGAGUUGUUGGAGCCACUACUACUCAACUCUAUUCUGCCAGCUCUAACCUGAGUGCUGAAAUCACUGGCCCUGGAAGCUAUACAAUCUUUGCCCCAACCAAUGAAGCCUGGGCAUCAUUGCCUGCUGAAAUGUUGGAUUCUUUGGUGAGUAAUGUUAAUAUUGAGCUGCUAAAUGCUCUCCGCUACCACAUGGUGAAUAAGCGAGUCCUAACUGAAGAGUUGAAACAUGGAACAUCUCUCUCUUCAAUGUAUCAGAAUAUUGAUAUCCAGAUUCAUCAUUAUCCAAAUGGAAUUGUAACAGUGAACUGUGCUAGAUUAUUGAAGGCUGACCAUCAUGCCACCAAUGGAGUUGUCCAUCUGAUAGACAAAGUCAUUUCCACAACAACAAAUAAUAUCCUGCAGAUUGUUGAGAUUGAAGAAAGUCUAGAAACCCUUAGGGCUGCUGUGGCAGCAGCUGGUUUGAACAACCUUUUAGAAAAUGAAGGCCAGUUUACAUUGUUAGCUCCAACCAAUGAAGCCUUUGAGAAGAUUCCACAAGAAACUCUAAAUAGGAUCCUGGGAGACCCAGAAGCUUUAAAAGACCUGUUGAACAACCACAUCUUAAAAUCAGCCAUGUGUGCUGAAGCUAUUAUUGCGGGCUUAUCCAUGGAAACAUUGGAUGGCAACAUGUUGGAAAUUGGCUGUAAUGGUGAUGAGCUGACCCUCAAUGGGAGGCCCAUUAUUGCUAACAAGGAUGUCAUAGCCACCAACGGUGUGAUACAUUUUGUCAAUGAACUACUUAUCCCAGAUUCAGCUAAAACUUUGUUGGAGUUGGGCAAGGAGUCCGAUGUUUCAACAUCUAUUGAACUUUUUCAACAAGCUGGUCUUGGUUCACAUCUCACUGGAAAUGAACGACUUACACUUCUGGUGCCCAUCAACUCUUUCUACAAAGGUCAUACUCCUUCUGCAGAUCGGAACUUGCUCCGGGAUCACAUCAUUAAAGAGCAGCUUUCUUCAAAGUACCUCUUUCAUGGGCAAAAGUUAGAAACUCUGAGUGGCAAAGAACUGAGAGUAUUUGUAUACCGCAAUAAUCUCUGUAUUGAAAAUGCCUGCAUUGCUGCUCAUGACAAGAGAGGGAGAUUUGGCACCUUAUUUGCUGUUGACAAGAUAGUGACUCCCCCAGUUGGAACUGUGAUGGAUGUGCUGAAAGCAGAUGAUCGUUUCAGUACUCUAGUAGCUGCCAUCCAGUCUGCAGGUCUUACAGAGACACUGAAUAGACCGAGAUCUUUCACAGUAUUUGCACCAACCAAUGAAGCUUUCCGAGCCAUGCCUCAAGGGGAACUGAACAAACUUAUGGGUAAUGCAAAAGAACUUGCCAACAUUCUGAAAUACCACAUUGGAGAUGAAAUAUUGGUCAGUGGAGCAAUUGGUGCUGUUGUAAGAAUCAAGUCUCUGCAGGGUGAUAAACUGGAAGUCAGCUCUAAAAAUGAUGUAAUACACAUCAACAAGGAGCCUGUUGCUGAGGCCGACAUUAUGGCCACUAAUGGUGUGAUUUAUGCAGUGAAUACUGUUUUACAACCACCAGCCUAUACAACUAAUGAAAGGAGCGAUGAACCCACAGACCCCGCAAUGGAAAUCUUCAGGCAUGCUUCUGCAUUAUCCAAGGUUUCUUUAAGAAGUGCUCGGCUAGCUCCUGUAUAUUCCAGAUUGUUAGCAAGAAUGAAGCAACAACAAAAACAGCAGCAAUGAAAUGAUGGCAAUUCUGCAUGUAAAGCACAACCAAGGAUUCAGCUAACUUUGGCCACUGGGUUGUUGAAGAGAAGGACUCCUUUUAAAAACAAAACCAAAAAUCAUCACUGCGAUGUAUUAUGCAAAGAUUACAUUUUUCUCAACUAAAAAUGAAGGAGAAAAAAUAAAACCCAUUGUUUAAUAAGCCUAAUUUUGUUCUCAACUGUAGCUGAUAAUUUGGGGAGCCUCAGGUAGGAGUCAAAUACUCCCAAACAAUCUAGGCCACAUUUCAAGAUGGGCAAGAACAUGGAAUGACUGUAGUCGAUCAUCACGCUUAAAUCUGUGUUUAAGGACAGUGGUUAAGAACAUAUUUUAAGUCUUAUUUGUGUUGUCAAGAAUCUGUCGGACACACUGUAGUAUGCUGGCUCAGACAGUUAAUCUUAGCCCAAUGGCAUCUCCUCCAGCAGGCAGCCGUACUUCAGAUUUUCAAGGAUGUCUUUGUCAUCUCUGCUGACAGAUCUUUUUACCUGACCAUUGUGCCUUGGACCUCCCACAUGUUGUGUCAUUGGGCUUUCCUUAGCUGAUAUGCUUUUCUUGAGUCCUUUCCCCAGAGAUUGUUAUGAACUGGGCCUUUGGCUUCAGAAAAAGUCGGCAACCACUCUAUUUUUUUCCCUCCCCCCCCUUUUUUUUUUCCUGCACGUUGCCUCAGAACUUGGAAAAGUUACUUCUUGGGAGUACAGUUCCAAGAAUCCCUGUGUGCUGUGCUGACAAAGGAAUUCUAGGAGUUGUAACCCCAAAAGUAGACUUUUUUCCAAGCUAUGCAUUGUGCAGAAAAAUGCAGUCAUUCAGAUUGUUCUGCCCUCUUAUAUACAUCCAUUUUGAAAACCCAUGUUGGUGGCUCCUUUGGGCUUAAGUUAUCCCUGGGAGCCAGCAAAGUAAAAGAUCCAUUUUCUUUUCAUAUUUCAGAGAUGUGAAAUAUUUUUGAGGAGAGUUAAAAUGCUCUUCUGGUAUUCACUUCUGUAUUUGCAGUGAUAUAAUAAUUAGCUUGUGCUUGUACCUUAGUGCUGAUCAUGAUUGAUUUUUUUGUAUCACAGCAUGAAGAAAUCUCAAUUCAGACCAAGAACAUUUGGCCCUCCAGAUAUUUUGGACUUCAGCUCCCAGAAGCCCCAGCUGGCAUGUCCAGUGGUGAGGGAUGUGGGUGUUGUAGCCCCACAACACCUGAGGGACAAGAGGGUAAUUUUGGAUUAGCCACGCUAUUUAAUAAUCCAGUUGUCACACAUUGUGUGAACAUUAAGGAAUUACUGUAUCACACAGGCUAAUAUGAGCACUCUGAAUUGUGAUCCAGAAGCUUGAAAGGUUACUCUUGACAGAUCAUGACACCCAUAAUCUCCCAUGACUCCCACCAAUACGAUUGGGAGAUUAUUGGAAUUGCAGUGCAACAAAGUAACUUUUCUGAUCUCUGUUGUGGCCUAUAAUCUUAAACGGCCCUUGCAUGCAGUUUCAAAAUUAUACAAUUUGUACACUUCAGCAAGAACAGGUGGUUUUCAUUUUCCUCCCUCCUGUGCUUUGACAACCUUCCAUGCAAUUCUGUGCUGUUGUUUUUAACCAAAAAAGGCCUCUUUGUUGAUGUUGGGGAAUUUGCAUGAUAUAAGCUAUGGUCUGGUCAGUGCUGUCAAUUAGCUUUUGUUUACACAUAUGGUUCUAACUUUAAUAUCUUUUGUUCUUCCUGAGUCUGAAAAUGCACCCCCUCUGUAAUUUGGUCAUAGUGCUCUCCCUCAUCAAAAUCUACAAAUAAACCAUUCAUUUGUAAUAAAA